AUUUGGUUUUACUUUCUUGUUAUAGUUCUGUUACUGUCAUAAUUUACAUCAGAUAUAGAAAAGAUUAUACAUGGAUAUGAGCUUCAUGUUUUUUACAAUUUCCGUGAGGUUUCUUGCCUACUACAAAAUUAUGGCAGCUGUCUUUGAGAACAUUCUGGACAUAACGCCUAAACCAGACAUUGGGAAGAAAAUUGCUGACUUCUUGGAGGAGAAUGGUAUCUCUCCAGUACAUGCGCUGCUGUACCUGUCCGGGAGCAUCCUGAUCUUAAACUUCAUUUUUACGGUUCAACCGAUAGCUAUAAAUGCUAUAAUUAUGUGCAAAAAUCAUAAGUACCAACUUCCAAAAUUGAGCGGCGAUAGCGCAGACAUUGAAGCAGGAAUCCUUUUGAAUCAUGGAACGUCCCCUCCACUCUUCUUCUCGGCUCCCACUCCCCGCAAAACUUUGCAAGAUCCUUCUCCAGACUUGCUACAACACAGACUACUUCAGGAGCCAGCUAAAGUACAUUUUGAGGAUGAAGUACCUCAGCGCAAAGUACACAAACCGGACCCUCCAAUCAAAGGAAUGUUUCAGAGUCCUUUGAACUAAAUUGAAAAGAACAACCGCAGGCAAAUUAAUCUUCAGUUGUAAGAAAGUGUG